UAACCAUCCGUAAAUUUUCCUCUUGCUAAAAACCAGAACGGAGCCCCUUAAAUUUAUCUGACUAUUCUACUCUUUUGCAGCGUUUCCGUUGGGGUUACUAUAUAGUAAUCAGAAAGAUAUUCGUCUAUUUUGGACAAACAGGAAAAGUUCUGAAAAUGAACGUGUUAUAAUAUCGACACUUGAAAGUGCAGUUGCAGUGAAUUUCCUGUACACAAAUCACUCAAUAUUUUGGAGCGAUGUGUCAGAGCAAAAAAUAUUUAGUUGCUCUCUGAAGACUUCGUGUAAACCCCAGGUUAUUGUGUCGGAUGAUUUGGGAAGGCCUGAAGGUUUAGCUGUUGAUUGGCUGACAGGGAAGUUAUACUGGACAGAUUAUUAUUUAAAACAAAUUUGUGUGUCAAGUAUUGAUGGAAAAUAUCGCAAAGCUUUGAUAUGGAGUAAUCUUGAUAAUCCAAGAGCUAUUGCAGUGGAUCCUAACGCCGGGUAACUAUGAUUCUAUUUAUGUAGUUGCGUUUUGGUGGGGGUGGUGGGGUGACAUGCUCUCCACAUUUUCAGUAAAAAGUAAAAGCGAAAAAAGGUAAUUUUAAAAUAUAAUAGUGAAAAUAUUCUGACCACAAUUAGCUUCGUCCCCACCUUCAAACACUCUUCACGGUCAAUGGAUGUGAAUCUUCCUCAUUGCGCUGUAUGGAGAAGCUUAAAAUUUCUAGCUAGUAGUUUUUAGUUCAAUGAUCCUGUUACGCGGGUUUUACUUACUGUGCGUAUACAUGUUUUCAGAUUUAUGUUUUGGUCAGACUGGGGUGAGACACCACGGAUAUCACGUGCUGGAAUGGAUGGUUCAAACCAAACUGACAUAGUAGAUACUUUCAUUACCUGGCCAAAUGGGCUGACCCUAGAUUACCAGGAGAAGAAAAUGUUCUGGAUUGAUGCCAGACAUAACUACAUUGCAAGUGUAGAUUACCAUGGCAACAAUAGACGUAUGACGUAUACACAAGCUGUCAAUCAUCCUUAUGCCCUGACGAUGAUAGGUAAACAGUUAUAUUGGACGGAUUGGGACACUAAUUCAAUACGAAAUUGUCCUGUUUUGGGUAAGAAUGUCACUUAUACUGUAAAUGUGAUCAAGACAGAAAUAUACUCUCCUAUGGACAUCAAGGUUUAUAAAGAUCAAAGACAACCAAAUGGUACGUUUUCGUCAGUACAAUAUGAUACUUCAUAUAAUAAAAAAAAGUUGUGAACGAUUGUGCUUGUUUUUGCCUUCCAGUUUCAUUCAAUCCAUGUGAGAAAGAAAAUGGAGGAUGUAGUCAUCUCUGUUUGUUAGCUCCAAGGAGACUUUACUCAUGUGCUUGUCCUUCUGGUGUUGCUCUAAUGUCAGACAUGAAAACAUGUGAAGAUGGUAAGGCUUCGACGUUGUUUGCACUAAUAUAAUGAACUGUUACAGAUAAAAAUAUUGUCCAGUACAUGGUGAUGUGGAAUUUUCAUGUUUUUUAAAUGCAUAUAAUUAUAUAUAGUCUUAAAUCAAUCUGAUCAGGCCGUCAUGUUUAAUCACUCUUAAAACACUCUUGGUUAAUUUGAUCAUAGUCCUGCCUAAUUUAACCGGCCAGGAUUCCUAGUUGAUUUAACCAGGCUGAACCAGGCUAUACUGUUGAAAUAACCAGAUUAUUUUAGGUGGAUAAUUAACAAUUUCCUGUUUAAUAUUGACAACGACUUAACGCUUGUUUUGGAGAAAGCGCAGCGUCUCAAUUCUAGAUUCUCAAUUCUCAAUUCUAUGUAUCGUAGUAUAUAUAGAAUGAAACUAGUUUAUCGUAGUUGAUUUUAUUACUCGACAGGUCCUCAGAAGUUCUUGUUGCUUACUCAACAAAGUGAAAUACGUAUUCUAUCAUUGAGUACUGAAGAACACAGAGAUCUUGAACUGCCAAUUAAGAAUAUUGGGCACGUGAUUGCUGUUGAUUUUGAUCCUAUGGAGAAGCUCGUAUGUUGGAUUGAUUCCCAGUACUUUGAAAUAAAGUGCGCGUACCUUAAUGGUUCUGGUAAUAUAAUUUAUUGUAGAAAUUAAGGUUUUGUAGAUAGAAUUUCCGAGUGUGAAUUUUAUACAUUUAACAGACCUAACCAGGAGCUGAGUUGCGAAAAAUUCAACUGUAAGCCCUCUAGUAGGAAUCGAAUCUGUGGCCCUUUUGCGUUCUAACUACAGUAACUGAGCUACAGAGACCAGUUAUCGAGCUCUAACCGCAAGUACAUGUUAAUCAAAUCCUGAUAUUCAAUGGAUCUUCGUAUUUUCUUGUGUAUGUGCAAUUGGAUGAAUCUAUUUCCAGCAGAAAACUUGCAAAAAAAUAAAAUAAAACAAGUAAAAUUAUAUGGCCGAAUAAAAUCAUCUGGGCACUCAUUAUUUGUUUAAGAACAAGACACUCAAACAUAACAGCAACCCAUGACGAAAUUGUAGCUUCUCUUUGGAAAUACCAUGCAGUUGAAAAGACAUUACUAAUUAGCAUUGCAUUUUUCUUUCUUGUAAUGUAAAUUUUUAUCUUGCUAUAUUUCAAGUGUUUUUGUUUUUUCUAUUAAAACUCCCGAGCGCAGAUAAUGGCAUGCGGAGAUGCUAAAUUUUAAAAUUUUCCCUAGGGCAGUGAAUCAGAAUACCCAGAGAGUUUCUAGCACGGGUUUAGUAUCCAACCAAACUACUAUAUAUACUCAAAUUAAUAGCAGGACAAAAUUACUUCGACCCUUCCUGCAUGGGGAAACUUAACUACGCUGGCUGUAAAUUAGGGUAGCUUUAUGCAACUUCCCUAAAAAGCUUUAUAAAUUUUAUCUUGUCUCAGGCGUAAGAACAAUCGUCAAAGGCAAUGACUCCUCAGCAGAAGAUUUGGCAAUCAACUGGAUAAACCGCGGUAUAUACUGGACGGAUACAGGAUCAGAUACCAUCGAGAUGUCUUAUUUAAAUGGUAGUCUCAGAAGAGUGAUUGUGUCUGGAGGUCUGGAUGAACCACGAGCCAUUGUGGUAGACCCCAAGGAAAGGUAAAGUUACAUCCAUGAUCCAUGUGGCGCUUGCUCUGCCGGUGGGGCAAUCAUCUGAGAUCAUGGGUUCAAUUCUCGUUGCGGACUCAUGACAGACUUUACGAUUUUAGGACCGGGCAACGCGACGGCGACGGCCAAAACAAACUUCUUCAAAUAAAUUAUAGUAAAGAUAAUUCAUCGUAUAUUGUUAAUCGUAUGAAUUUAAUGCUGUCUUAGAAGUUGAGGACAUGGGUUUUAUGGUUGGGAAGAGUUCUGCUGAACCCAGUUUGAAGUCUGACUCUUCCACAGUAACUAACCGACUGCUUUUGAAGUUGCACUUGCGGAGGCUUGAAAUGCAGCCGUUGUAUCAAGACGUGAAAAUCUGUGAUUUGACGUUGUAAACAGAGCGAAGAACAAUGUCUAAAUUAUUCAUAUUGUAAUUAUUCAAUUCUUUUCAAUGAUCUAUUGUAUUGGUAGCCGUUGCCGUCCUAAAUCGUAAGGUCUCUAAUGAUGUGAAAAGUCGAGUCAAUCAACACUCCCAAAAGUCGUGUGUUUUCUCUCGGCACUCUGGUUUCUUCCCACAGGAAUGUUGACAACGUGGGUAGGGAUUAGCUCCUAGCUGACCGUAGGUGUGCUGUUUAUAUGGUCCCGCUUACCCGGGAUUCAAUAAAGUGUGACGUAUUUUGAGCAAUUGAAAUACGUGUUUAGGCCCUAAACAAAAGUUAUAUAACUUUAAAUACUGCAUGUUGGAACGCACUAGAAGUUAUGUAGUGAAGAAGACGAUUAAUAGCAUUCAUACAAUUUGUAACAAGCAUGAAGUGCCACUUAUCUCAAUUGCUCAAAAUACGUCACACUUCAUUGAAUUCCGUGUAAGCGGGACCAAAUAAACAGCCCCUUAGAAACCUUUCGUAAACCUUACUUGGUUAUAUCAAUUGUCAUUGAAUGCAAAAAUUGUUACCAAACAAUGUAUGUAGUAGUUCAAGUAAAAACGAAAGGUUAUGAACUUAUGCACAGCAUGCGAAAAAUGACUUUUUCUAACAUAUGUAUUAGUUGACAUUAUUUUGGUUAUGAAAUAGUAAAAGAAGUCAUUUUCUGUAUGCUGUGCAUAACGUUUUUGCUUAAACCACUUACAUUUUCUUUGUUGAAUUUGAUAUUUCUAUUUUAUGCAGGUAUGUGUAUUGGUCAGAUUGGGGAGCCCAUCCUAAACUCGAGAGAGCAAAGUCAGAUGGAACAAAGAGAGAAAUCUUGAUCAACACCUCGAUAGCUUGGCCAAAUGGUCUCGUCAUAGAUUACCAACAGCGGAAAUUAUACUGGGCAGACGCCAAGCUUGAUAAAAUAGAAUCAUGUGACUUGACUGGGGCUCGACGCGUUAUCCUGACACGAGUCAAUAUUCCACAUAUAUUUGGAUUCACAUUAGUGGGACAGUAUUUAUACUGGACGGAUCUGCAGUCUAGAAUUCUUGGGAGAUUGCAUAAAAGUAAUGCUAAAGAUAGGGAAGUUAUUAUUGACUUUGUGGCGAAUGUAAUGGCAGUAAAAGGUGUUGACCUUCAAAUGAAAUAUAAUCUGUAAGCAGUGGUUGCGCAUUUUUUACAGGACAAGGGGCGAUGCCAACUCCUCAUGUAACUCCACCACCUAUUUCUAUCAACAGGUGGUUCAUUAUAACAAGCGUACAACACCCAUCCAUCUUGGACGGUCACUUGAAAGUAUUUUUAUAAAGAAUUGUAAUAUAUAAUAGCUUGACUUUAAUACAUUUUGUGAUCUCUCCAUUAACGCGCGUAGCGGGCCGCUAUGCAGGCUACUGUUCAUUUCCCCCAGAAUUUCCCUUGUUUAACACAAUAAAACUAAAGCAUAAAUGCUCUAAGAAACGAGUCACGCACACUGAUCAUGCACGCACUUUUAUUAAUUAGAACAACAAUUACAAGCAUGUCCAUUUAGAUUGAUAUUUACCCAGCCUCCUUAUGACGAUCAUGACCUGCCUACAUGUUUUAUUAUACUUAUACAGGGUGUCCCCAAAACCCCCGAAAAUAUUGAAAUAACGUAUUGUUAGAAUUUGAAUGCCCUAGCGCUAAGCUGAACGAAAAGACGCGUAAAAUAUUGACAGGGUGCAUGCAUAUAUUAAAUAUUGAGGUUAAAAUUAAGCGCUCUUCGCAUGCUCGAAAAGACUGGGACUGGCUUAAGGAGUCGUGGUGUAGCAAGAAUUGCACAAGCGAAAAUUUAGCUAGUGAAUUCGUCAUUCUUAGACGCCGUCUCUUGCAAUGUUUGUUAUUUCAUGCUCGCAUUUGUAAUUGUUAAUUUUUUGUUUGAACUUUAAUACUGUUGUUAGACGAGAGAAAAUACAUGGGAGAAAGUAGUAAGAAUUGCUACUGAAAAAAAUUGCUCGUGAUUCUGCAUCCUAUUCCUGUACUGAAAGUAUAAUGACCCUCAAGGG